CUCGCAGGAUCCCUGGCGAUCACCGUGGUCUGGUUCAGGUGUCACCUUAACGUCUUCUUCUUACGUCUCCGUUGCAGAUAUUGGCGUACACGGAAGGUCUGCACGGAAAAUGGCUGUUCACGGAGAUCAGGGCCGUCUUUUCCAGGCGGUACCUCCUGCAGAACACCGCCCUGGAGAUCUUCAUGGCCAACAGAACCGCCGUCAUGUUCAACUUCCCCGACGCCGCUGCCGUCAAGAAGGUGGUCCACAGUCUUCCUCGCGUCGGCGUCGGCACCAACUUUGGCCUGCCGCAGACCAGGCGUAUCUCUCUGGCCACACCAAAGCAGCUGUUCAAGGCCUCCAACAUGACUCAGCGUUGGCAACGCCGCGAAAUCUCCAACUUCGAGUACCUCAUCUUCCUCAACACCAUCUCUGGCCGGACCUUUAACGACCUCAACCAGUACCCGGUCUUCCCGUGGGUCAUCACCAACUACGAGGCGGCCGAACUUGAUCUGUCCUUGCCCAGCAACUUCAGAGAUCUGUCCAAGCCCAUCGGCGCACUGAACCCCAAGCGGGCCGCCUUCUUCUCCGACCGCUACGAGUCCUGGGACGACGACCAGGUGCCCAAGUUCCACUACGGCACCCACUACUCCACCUCCGGCUUCGCGCUCAUGUGGCUGCUGCGCAUGGAACCCUUCACAACGUUCUUCCUCAACUUCCAAGGAGGGAAGUUCGACCACGCCGAUCGCACCUUCUCUUCCGUGUCUCGAGCCUGGAGGAACUGUCAGAGAGACACGUCUGAUGUCAAGGAGCUGAUCCCAGAGUUCUUCUACCUCCCCGAGAUGUUUGUCAACACCAACACGUACAACCUGGGGGUGAUGGAGGACGGCAUCGUGGUCUCCGACGUGGAGCUGCCCCCCUGGGCCAAGACCCCCGAGGAGUUUGUGCGGAUCAAUCGGCAGGUAAGGUCGUCUCGCGGGUAG